CCCGGAGCCUUUGGGAGGCGGCGGUUGUGGUGGCAGAGGCACCGCGAGCUGGAGCGCGAGCGUCACCUUCCCCUCACGUCACGUCAGACACGACAGGUUCGUGCUCGACCGUUAAAAAUCACAACGCUCGCGAGCCACCGUCUGGGUCCCGAGAGGGCGGUGGCGGUUGAGGAGAUUUAAUUCAUUCCCGACCCCGCUGGUGGAUGUGGGAGGAGGAGGAGGAGGUGGUGUGGACGGGCGACACAGAGCAGACAGGCACCGGGCUGGGCUCCAUCCUCUGCUGCGGGAGGCCGACGGCCAGUCGGGUCGGCCAGACAGACGGAGGGAGACGGCGAGCAGCGAGGUUAAAACUGCUUGCUGCAGCAAAUAGUAGUUUGCUUUUAAUCCAAUGGACAUUUUGCAUGUGAAGUACCACAGCGGUGCGUUAAACAAUUCAGCUUUGCAACUUGGUACGUUUUUUAAAAAGACCGACGGGUUGAUGUUAACUGAAGUGCAACUAAAGGAAAAAAAGAAGCGCACUUAUUUUUAAAGAGACAUGCUGCAUAGCAGUGGUGGAAGUGGUUGAGCCAUCAAGUGCUUUACAUCACAUUUUGGAUGAAAACAACUGUUAGAUAAUUCUUCUUCAAAGUGAUAUGCCCUGUGAUUCUUGAAUGUUACCUCUGGGUAUCUAAGAGACAAAAAGACUGGUAUACUCUUCCACUAUCUUCAUACCUUGUCCACAGGGUGAAAAAAAGGUGAAAAUGACUGCUGAUGGAUAUCAGUAUCAAGCUCUAUAUGAAUACAGAAAGGAACGAGAAGAAGAUAUAGAUUUACACUCUGGUGAUAUAUUGGUGGUCACAAAAAGUUCCUUAUUUGCUCUGGGUUUUGGCGAAGGAGACGAAGCUAGACCAGAUGAAAUUGGCUGGCUCAAUGGGAUAAACGAAACAACACAGGAAAGAGGGGAUUUCCCAGGAACAUAUGUACAAUUCUAUGGCUACAGGAAUUCACCUCCAACACCCAAGCCGAGGCCUCCCAGGCCAUUGCCCGUGGCUCCAAAUCCAUUGAAAUCAGAAGAUGCUGACCAGCAAGGCUCGAUCCUCCUAGAUUUGACAGAGCAGUUCACAUCGCCUGAAGUUGCCCCAGCUAUCUUGGUGAAGUUAGUGGCGGCUAUUGAAAAAACAGGUCUAGAGUGUGCCAAUUUAUACCGGACUACUGGAUCAAGUGGCGGUGCUGAAUUGAGACAGUUGUUUGAUUAUGAUGCUGCUUCAGUGGACAUUGAGCAGUUUGAUCUACAGUCAUUGACUGAUGGAUUAAAGCGGUACCUUCAAGACCUGCCAAAUCCUGUAAUUCCAGUGUCUGUUUACAGUGAUAUGGUUUAUACAGCUCAAGAGGUACUGAACACUGAGGAGUGUGCACAGUUGCUGAGAAGAGCCAUUAGGUCACACAACGUGCCUCACCAGUAUUUGCAGACGCUUCAGUAUUUGAUCAAGCAUUUCUGUAAGCUUUGUCAGAACUCCGGGAAAAACAAUCUGAGUCCGAGAACAUUGGCAGAAAUUUUUAGUCCCUUGCUUUUUCGACAACAGGCAGCAAGCUCGGACACAAAUCCUGAAUACCAUAUAAAAAUCAUAGAGGUUCUGAUAGCCAGCGAAUGGCAUGAAACACAAACGGCACCAGUACCCACAGCAGCACCAGCCUUGCCACCAAAACCGCCAAAACCAACACCUGUAAUAAAUAACGGAAUAAACAGCAACAUGUCUCUACAGGAUGCUGAAUGGUACUGGGGAGAUAUUUCAAGAGAGGAAGUUAAUGAAAAGCUGCGAGACACCACUGAUGGUACUUUCCUUGUACGUGAUGCCUCUACAAAAAUGCAUGGAGACUACACCCUUACUCUAAGGAAAGGUGGCAACAAUAAAUUGAUCAAAAUCUUUCAUCGAGAUGGCAAAUAUGGCUUCUCAGACCCAUUAACCUUCAGUUCAGUGGUGGAGCUCAUAAAUCACUAUCGGCAUGAAUCGUUGGCACAGUACAAUCCAAAACUAGAUGUUAAACUGUUGUACCCAGUCUCCAAGUUCCAACAGGAUCAGGUGGUAAAAGAAGACAGUAUUGAGGCAGUAGGGAAGAAACUGCACGAAUAUCACACUCAAUACCAGGAAAAAAGUCGAGAAUAUGAUCGACUUUAUGAAGAAUAUACAAGAACGUCUCAGGAAAUCCAAAUGAAAAGGACAGCUAUUGAAGCAUUUAAUGAAACAAUCAAAAUAUUUGAAGAACAGUGUCAAACACAGGAAAGGUACAGCAAGGAGUAUAUUGAAAAAUUCAGGCGAGAAGGAAAUGAAAAGGAAAUCCAGAGAAUUAUGGUAAAUUAUGAGAAGCUGAAAUCUCGCAUUAGUGAAAUUGUUGACAGCAAACGCAGAUUAGAAGAAGAUUUGAAGAAACAAGCAGCAGAUUAUCGGGAAAUUGAUAAGAGGAUGAACAGCAUCAAACCCGAUCUUAUUCAAUUAAGAAAGACAAGAGACCAGUACCUUAUGUGGUUGACACAGAAAGGUGUUCGACAGAAAAAGAUCAACGAGUGGUUGGGUAUCAAGAAUGAGAAUGUUGAAGACCAAUACUCCAUGGUGGAUGAUGAUGAAGACCUACCCCAUCAGGAUGAACGAACAUGGAAUGUAGGGAAUAUUAACAGGAGUCAGGCAGAGAACCUGCUAAGAGGAAAGCGGGACGGAACAUUCCUGGUUCGAGAGAGCAGCAAGCAGGGCUGUUAUGCUUGUUCAGUGGUGGUCGAUGGUGAUGUGAAGCACUGUGUUAUAAAUAAAACCCCCACAGGAUAUGGGUUUGCAGAGCCAUAUAACUUGUACAACUCACUCAGAGAACUUGUGCUGCAUUAUCAGCAUACGUCACUUGUACAGCACAAUGACUCCCUCAAUGUCACACUAGCCCAUCCAGUAUACGCUAAUCAGAGAAGAUGAACACUGAACACUCUGGCUUUUGAUUGCUGGACUAUGGUCUUCAAAUCAGCUCCUACUCCUUUGCUCUGAUUCAGCUUGACUGCUGUUGAAGUGACAAACCAGUUUCAUGUGCAUUGCUGAAUCGAGCUUUCUACAGAUUUAACUGGGAGAGAACCAUGUGGAGCUGUGAAUGUAAAUUCCUAAAGUGCUUUUAAGGAAGCACAAAUGAAUGGAGGACUGCAAAAUGAUCUCCUUUUGGGGAUGUUGAGGCCUUUUUUAUUGGUGCUUGUUUACAUUCUUCAAGAAAAUUUACCAGCUGGAACUUCGGACACUGCAAAUCCAGGGAGAUGUUAAAAGAAUUUGAAGCAAGAACAUUGGAGGAAAAAAUAAGAAAUGAAUUAUCCAGUGGUGGUGUAUCCAUUUUAUCCAGACUGGACAAUGGUUCAAAUAUAAAUGACUUGUUUAAAAAAACAAAUAAGGACGUUGUGAUGUGUAACAAGCACUUUGGAAAUCUAUACUGGUUUCAAGAUGAGAAACCUAAAGGGAAUAUUUCUGGAGAGGGGGGAAGAGGAGGAGGAACAGAACGCUCAAAACCAAGUGCCAGAUUUGUAUAUUCAGGCCUUUUACGCCUGCUUUAUAAACUGUUAAAGACCUGAAGAAGAUGACUUCAAAAAAAAAAGUGGCACACAGUAUAUAAAAUCAUUGUACAUAAUGUGUAUAGGCUACGUCGGUCUGGGAGAGUUAGAUCAAGUAAAAUGGUAUCAAUCUAACCACA